UGUGUCGAGCAAUGGAGUCAGUUCUUUCACCUACCGGUACCUCCAAAACAUGACUUUGAUUCCAUUCAUAUCAUACCAGGAAAAUUCCACGGCUAAGAGAGGAGCAUGUCUAAUUUCCCGUGAAGAGUUGCCAUAUGUGUGUGAUAUGAUUGCUCUCAUAAGGGCGCAUGGGUAUCUUGCGCCACCGGCACAGUCAUUAAAACAGUUGGAGCAAUCAUGCCUUUUUUACGGGCCCGCUGGGGGCCAUUCCAAACGGGGUGUCGAUUCUCGACGCGGAGACACGAGUAUGGACGGUACUUUGCUUUACUUAGUACGAGUACUUGCCUAUCUGUUUGCUCACCUCGCCUGCCUCUUUUCUUUUGUCUUUUUGGUAUAAAAUAUUACAACUA